UGUUCGAUUCCAUCCGGUUAAAAGAAAAUUAGAAUGAGAAUCGUUGGAAAAUGACUUUCGAAGAGUGAAGAGGUUAAGUCGCAAGGAGGAUUACGGCAGCGCCGAUUGCGCCGCGUCUUGUGGGGCCGAGAACGAAAUUUACAAAAGCAGCAGUGAAACUUACAAAACCGGCGCUGAAACUUACAAGGCGUCCGAACUUUACAAGACCCUCGCCUACUCGGGAGGCACGCUGCCUCGCAGUCACAAGCAGAGGUCAUUAAUGAAAUGGAAAACACUGACAGACGCUCCUGAGCAUGAAAGGAGAAUUAUUACCUUAGAAAAGCAAGAUGAUGAAGCUUUUGGAUUUGAAAUUCAGACAUAUGGCUUACAUCACCGAGACGAGAACACACUGGAAAUGUGCACAUUUGUGUGUCGGGUCCGUGAGAACAGCCCAGCCCAGCUAGGUGGGCUGAGACAAGGCGACACCAUCACCAGCAUCAAUAGGACAUCUGUUGAUGGUUUCCGCCAUCGAGAUAUUGUGGAUCUUAUCAAGUCAUCUGGAAAUUGCCUGAGGCUAGAGACUGUGUACGGAACUUCCAUCAGACGAGCAGAGUUGGAAACCAGACUGCAAUACCUGAAGCAAACACUGCAGGAGAAAUGGGAGGAGUACAGGUCACUAAUGGCCCAGGAACAGAGACUGGUGCAUGGGGUCGUGUCAAAAGAUCCGAGUGUUUAUGACGUUUUCGAAUCGGUCAGAGCCAGCCUUUUUGGUCAAGGUCUCUACCACGGCCCAGAGGCCCAGAGGCAGAGCCACUCGAGUGGCAGCAGCACCAGCACCAUGGAGGGCAAUGACGAGCCCAUUUAUCAGACUUGUGUCUUUGACCCCUUAGACAUGAGCAGCGAUGACAGCCGCAGCACUCACAGUAAUGAGGUGGUCCUCGCCAAGAAGGCACUGACAAGGAGUGUGAGCGCCAGGGCUGGUCACAACGGAGUCAGCUCCUCCUCCUCCUCCUCCUGGGAGAAAUGCAACAACCAAAAUGCCUUUGGGACACUUCCAAGGAAACCUAGGAGGAAGAGCUUGCGGAAGAGGCUGCUCAAGUAUAUCCCUGGACUCAACCGAUCAGUGGAAGAGGAAGAAAGCCACUUGUAGGCAAAAUGUCUGCCUGUUUAUUUAUUACGUUUCCUAUUUUCAACGCUAAUCACCGCCACCAGGAGUCUUAAAGAGAGGUCGCCAGAAGAGGGGAGAUGACCAAACCGCUUAGAUCUACCCGCUUCACCCAAAGUGGUGGGCGGGAUACACCCGAAGUCACCGUGGAGUUGGACGGUAUCGGCAAAUGCAAAAGUGAGCUGGAUAGUCUCUGUGCCAAAGGAUGUGACUGAGGGGAGGGUAAGAGAUAAGUUUAAUGGUUUUUCUGAACUCUGGGAUAAACCGGAUAGACUGUGAUGGUCCUUUUGUGGUUUCCCCACACUCUUGUCUUCCUUUGGAAGAGUGUACUUUCAUUAUACAUUUUCCAGUUGCUUCUACCUUCUGAGGCAGUGGAAGGAGUCAAGAGUUAUGGGGCUCUAGGGAAAGAAAAAGGGGUUGGGAAUAAUAUAGAGUGUGAGGGGUUGAUCGGCGUCCAUGCUGCAUCACUCUGUCAUUUUCACCCUCCUGUGGGCACAGACUCCCUCUUGGGCGAGCCUGUACAGGUGGCAGCAGCCUUGCUCAGGUGUGGGCACUGAAAAUCCCACAGAGUAGGACUGUGAAGCAGGGCCACAUUUUGCACCAAGCUUGGCUCUUCUAACUGCUUGAUGUCCAAAUUCUUUUUUAAUGUUGAAUUUUGUUCUGUUUUGAGGGUGGGUGUGACUCUGACCUUUUAGCUGUUUCCAUUACAGCUCCAUUGUUAGGAGAGCUGUGAACAGGCUGCCUUGAGGUUGCUGGCUGAUCUCACCUCACUCUCAGUUCUGCUUGAGGGAAAGGAACUUGAUACUUGGUGGCUGUGCUGUCUGUGGUCACCAGCACGCAGGCUCCUUCUAUCCUUUGUCCUCUCACGACUGCCUGGUCCCCCUUUUUUGCCCUUUGGCCAUUGCUAGGUGAUCCCUCCUCUAUCUUGGGAUAACCUUGCAGCCCCGCAGCGCCUUUGAAAGCUCCCAAAGCAUUUACGGCGGUGCAAAUGAGAAGUGAGUGAAGUUUGGGAAGGUGGUGACAGGAGGAAUCUCAGUCAAAAGAGGUGGGGAAUAACUGGGAAACCGUGGGCUUGCUAUCUGCCUGUUUCCAAGAGGCUGAAGCUUUGGUCACAUUUUUUUUGGGAGGGGUGUGACUGCAGGGAAGGAGAGGAUUCCAAGAAAUCUUUCUUAGUGUGGGUGUCAAAUGGAGUUAUUCUGCCAAUUGGGAUGUCCGAACGUCAGCAUGAGUGGGAUAAAGUCAGGCCCAAACGCACGGCUCACAGACUUUGCCACCAAACAACCUCUCCCAAUCUGAAUCCAGCCUUUCCACGCCGUGACCUAAGACCACAUACAACUGUGGUGAACCCGCUGGGCAUCCAAAGCUGAACGGCCAGUGAGAUCAAACUUCAGCUGUGCCAGUGGUAAAUUUCUGUGCAGCAAAUCGUCACGGCAACGCUCCUUGAUAACAUGUGAUUUGUCAGAAACCUAACACAGCGACUUCCCAAUUUUUGUCUUUAAUCUUUCCUCUUUUGAAGACAGUGGUGUCGAUUUUUUUGCCCCUG